AUGAAAAUCUCCAGAAAUAUCAUCCAGGUAUGCACGCUGGCUCUGUGCCUCCUCAUGAUCCCCGACUGCCUCGCCAGACCAUUCACGCAACAGCAGCAGGGCCACAGCAGAAGGGAGAGGAGAGAAUUCCACCCGGACAUUACGGUCGACGAUAGUAACCGUGUAGAGCCAUGCUUCAAGGUCAAGCCGGAGACCUAUGCCAACGGAACGAUUGAGCAGUGGGUGAACGACUGCUGCGAAGGAUUCGAAGGCGAAAAUUGCGACGUCAAGCCGGAGCAGCAGGGUUCCGGUUCGGGGGAUAGCGAGAAUAAGACGGAUUUUGACCUCGCGGAUCCGUGCAAGAACCUGCAGUGUCUUGGAGUCGUAGGAGCGACGUGUCUCACUGUCAGCAAGUGCGGAGAGAGAUGGCCGGUUUUCCUGCUCCGCGAUGGUACCAUGGCGCCCUGUACCAACGGCCAACCGAGGAAUCUCUCGGACCUGACGUGUUCGGGAGGUUGUGUGACGGAUCCGUGCGCCGGCCGAACCUGCCCGCAGUUUCCAGACGCCUUCUGCGUCCACACGGCGUGCGAGUGCAACGAGCCCAUGUGGCUGCUGGACACCGGUGUGCAAGUGGACUGCGAGACUGGAGAGCAGCUAAGCCCCGACGAAGCAAGAGAAAGAAGGCGGAGGAGAAAAAGACAAGCAGAAACUAAAUACGGCCCCGUCAUCGACAACACCUUCCUGCUCUUAGCUCCUAAAUCCGCAACACAGAGAUAG